UCUGGAUUCAAGAUGUGCAGAUGUCUUGAUUCAUCAGGUCUGUCUGUUAAGUUUUAAUUUGCCAUUUUUAUUUCCUAUUUUCUGUACUAGCCAUCAUCAAUCUCAGUCUAUUAUGGCCAUAUAUAACCAAGAAUAAUGAAAUACAAUUCAGUCUGCAAACCAACAACAUACGGUAGUUGGAUAUACAAUAGUAGAACAUUGAAAAGUGGACAUGGAAACCCCCUCCAUAAAAACAUUCCAUAUGUUCACAUGGUGCAUAUUCUACUUUACUUUCCACCGUCAGAUAAAUUAUCUGUACAUUUCUCUGAAGUGGAAAGUUCAGUUUGUCACCACUAUUGGCAGUAAUAUCAGUAGUAUCUAAUAAACUGUAAUCUACACCUCACAGGCAUAGGCUCAGAGAACACAAACCUGAAACUUAAUUCAGAGCAUGCUGAGACAGGAAGGUUCCAUAGGUUAUUUUUCUGUCAUAUCACUUCUCAUCUCUCAUUUAACAUUUUUGAAAUCCUGAACUAACAUAUUUCAUGAUCUCAGAAUGACCAUCCUCUUUACCAUAAAUAUCAGUGUAUGUGUUUGUAAUAAUUAGAUAAACUUUUGGUCUUGUUAAAAUCCUAAAUACUAACCUGGAUCUGAAGAUAACUGUCCCCUCCCCAAAAAUCCUCUUAACAAAGCCUUAACAGACCACACAGAAAUACCGACUUUAAUAAAAUGAAGAUACAUAUGUAAAGAGAAGUCCUUUGUGCCAUGGUCUUAUACGUGUGAAUGACGUUAUAUGAAUCUAUUUGCACAAUACCUGACAUAUUUCUGCAAGUGUUUAGCUAAUAUUGUUACCUACAAUCUGCCACCAGUUUAAUUUGAAUGAAAAUAAUAACUAUUAGAUAAACUAGCCAGCUAGCCACCGCUCAGAUUAAUACAGUAUUUGUGUAAUUGAAUGCAUUUUAUUCGAAGAUAUUCUCUACUGUAGAAGCGGAUCUCUACAAGUCACGUCUGCUGCGGUCAAUUGGAAAUAGUUUUCCUCACGUCCAAUGUGCGUCCAAUCAAAUGCCCCAUAACGUGAGCACAAUUUAACCACACCCCUGGACACAACCUCCUCAAUUUCCCUUACUGCUGUGCACUUUGAGUUGUAAAUAGCUGGGGUAUUGUUUCGGUUUUCCUGACUCCGCCUCUUUAGCUUCAGUACUUCGACCAACCUUUUGGGAAUAGGUUAUACAGGAAAUGAAAAACACCAACCACUUUUAACUGUACCGGAAGCUUUCAACCUAAACCUUACCUGAACUGAAAUAAUUAGCUUGACAGCAUGCUAGAUUUACUUCAGUGCAAUUCUGUAAGUAACAGUUACACAGCUUGUGCAUGAGUCGGCUAGCAAAAUACUUUAUAAGCGAACCAUGUUAUCUUACACUAUGCCAGAAUGUGAAAGCUUUAUCUUUCGGAAGUGUCUUUCGUUUAUAUCAAGCAAUAGUUAAUGACCUGACUAAAGUGUUGUAGGAACUUGCAACAGCGGUAAAUCAAGGAAUUGGAAUGGAUCUACUAAUUAAAGCAGUGGAGGCUUCCUAUAAGGAUGAGAAUGAGGACACCAUAGAAGUUGCAGAGGCGCUUUUGCACAUGGAUUCGCCGGGCGACUCUGACGAAAGGCGCAUUCCUGAUGUGUUCGAGCGCCCAGUGAGCUCCAUGGCCCACUCUGCAAAUGAAUUUCUCCACGCCCGUAUCCAGAGUGGUCCUAGGCCUGAGGGAGUGACCCACAUACCCAAUAAGAAAGUGGCAGUGAGGAAGAGGCCUCGGUCUCAGUCCCCAGCUCCUGACUUCACUGUGAAGAGGAGAUCUAGGGAGGGAAAAGGAAACCAGCUGUACCUGUGGGAGUUCCUGAUGGCUAUGCUGCAGGACGAGACCACCUGUCCGAGGUACAUCAAAUGGACCCACCAGGAGAAGGGCAUCUUCAAGCUGGUGGACUCCAAGGCUGUGUCGCGCCUGUGGGGCAAACACAAAAACAAGCCUGACAUGAACUAUGAGACCAUGGGCCGGGCGCUUAGAUACUACUACCAGCGUGGGAUCCUGGCCAAAGUGGAAGGACAGAGGCUGGUGUACCAGUUCACAGAGAUGGCCAAAAACCUGGUGGACACGGACGAUCCGUCGGGCGACCGCGACCGCUCGUUUGAGGAGAAAGCGCUGUCGGAGAACCCCUCCCCGCCCCGCCCCGCCCAGAAAGCGUCUAACCGUGGGGCGGGAGGGGGGAGGCAGAAGGCCAAGCGGACUGAAGGACAGCCCAGCUCUGCGGCGGCCCAGCCCAGCGCAGUCCUCCAGCCACCGGGGGGCGACUCUGGCAGGACCACCAGAGCGGAGAAGCCCCUGGGCCUGAUCCAGCAGCAGCACCUGCCCAUCGUCUCAGCCGAGAUGCUGCGGACCCUGCAGAACAUCCAGACGCUGCAGGCGGGGCCGACCGGGUCCGUGUUCAGAACCGUGCAGCUGCUGGAGAACCUGCAGAGCGAGCAGCAGAGAGAGGCAGCGGCAGGGGACGACCAGCAGGGGGCGAUGUUCCAGCCACUCAGAGUUUCGGCAGUGGAAGUCUCGUCGCAGACGCUUGUCGACGACCAAUCCCUACAGCCCAUAAUGCUCCAGGCCGUCCCUCUGACCACCGCCGUGGACGGCAAAGACGUUUCAGCCCAGCCCAAGUACUUCCUGCAAACUGAUCCGUCCACCCAAAUGGUGACCUUGGUGAUGGAGACGGUGCCCUGCAGUGAGCUGGCCGGCCAGCAGGUGGCGUGUACGGACUCAUCCCCUCUGAGCACGCUCCCUUCCCCCUCGGUGGCCAGGGCCACCUCCGUGGUGACGCUCCCAGGGGGCGGGCAGCAGCUGGUGACUCAGCCCCCCGGGACGGUCAUAGCGUCGGUGGUCACGGCUCCAGAGAGCAAGCCGGCGGUGACGGAGGAAGUGGAGGAACUGGAUCUGGAGAGCCACCCGGGGAUGAAACUGGAGCACUUUAGCGUGGUGGUCCUCAACGACUCCUGGGUGGGCUACGACCCCGACCGCAAGGAUCCCGAGUCCUGAGCCCCGCUGGCAACCAAAAAGCACUGCCCUCCAGAUCUAACCAAUGGGUGCUCAUCUCUGGUCCUGUUAGAGACUUGCCACACGGCUGAGUCUGUGUGCUGGCAGAUUGUACCACCCCCAGCUGAAGAGGGCUCAACUCAUGCAGUAAACUCGGAUCAUUUGAAUAAUCUCAUCCUCUGGCUCUCCAAAAGCCAUGUUUAAGCUAGUUUUUCAGCUUAAUGCAGCCGUAUAACUGUAUGUUGGCAAAUGUCAUUCAGAAUCACAUCACAUACACAAACACUUUCUUCUCAAUUUCAUCAUUGUUCAAGAUAUGUUCUUAAAUUGACACACGCAACUGGGGGAGCCAUUUCCUAGUGGUCAAAUAACAGAACAGCAGGUCAGGAGUAGCAUGUCAAGUGAAUCUCUGGUGCCAUCAGGCUAUUGGGGAAAAUUUUUGAAUUUCAUUUUCACAGGUGGCCUCAUUUUAAGUAGGGUUCUUUUUCUUAUAUGCCAGAGGAUAACUCCACAUUACCAAACAUUGCAAACAUACCGUACUGUGACAAUGCUUGUGAUGCACAAAAACGCACUGUUAGAUAAUAAUUUGUAUGGAAUAUGUUCCAGUCCACUCGAGCGGUGGAAAAGGAAAAUAUGUACUGUGGUAUGUUGCCUGACAGCAAAAUUCACCCUUUACCCAAUAUCUUGUGAGCAGUUUUCAGUUUCUUGCCUUACACUUGAGAUUACAGCAUUUGUUUUUCCCUUUGUUUGCUUGACAAUCUGAUGAAAUAAAAAUGUGCUAUUUUUCUACCAAAA